AUGACUACUACCAUGGACUUGCGAAAUUUAUCGACUACUCCAAACCAAUUGGACUUGCAGAGAAGAACGUCCAUCUCUUCUUUAUCGUCGACAUCUGGUUACUCAAGCUCAACAUAUAACGGAACAGGAGGAGUAAAUGCACCUUCUGAUGGUCAAGGUGGAGUUGUCGGAUCCUCUAUCUCCGCUACUACUAGCAACACUGGUAGUACCACCCCUCAAUUAACCAACCAAAGGUUGGCUUCUGCAUCGUCUUUGGCUACUAAUACUGUUCCAGUGACAUCAGGUGGUGUAGGCACCAAUGUAUCUGGAGCCAGAAACAACUGGAUCCCCCCUUCAAAUGUUGAUGUGGGUCCAUGGGUUGAACAACAACAACAACAACUCCCAACACUGCAAUCUCUUGGUUCUGUGUCUGCAGUGAUUUUGGGUGACCGUGAAGCAGCUGGUGUCUCAGGCUCUUCAGACCCUGAAGUAACAAUUGACCUGACUUCAAAUCAUAGAUUACUGGUGGCUGAUAAUGAUGAUAGCUUGGGUUCCAACGUGGUGACUCAAGUUCAUUCGGUUGUACCCAUUAGUUCUCCAUCUCUGAUAUCUUCAAGACCUCAGAGUGUCAAUAUGGUCAAUGCAAGUUCAGUCCUCACUUCCAUGCCCAUUACGGAUGAUCAGAACGAUAAAGAUGCUCAAAUGGGAUCAUCUGGUCCAACUGAAGGGAACUCAUCCUUAGAUGAUGACGAAUUAAUUCCCACGGCAAUUGUGAUCAAAAAUAUUCCUUUUGCUAUAAAGAAGGAACAAUUAUUAGAAGUCAUGACAAAGUUGAACUUGCCCUUACCAUAUGCUUUCAAUUAUCAUUUUGAUAAUGGAGUAUUUAGAGGAUUAGCUUUUGCUAACUUUACUUCUACAGAUGAAACAUCCUUGGUAGUGAACCAAUUAAAUGGUCGUGAGAUUGGUGGACGUAAAUUACGUGUUGAGUACAAGAAAAUGCUUCCGUUACAGGAACGUGAACGUAUUGAAAGAGAAAAGAGAGAGAAAAGAGGUCAAUUAGAGGAACAACAUCGUUCAGUUUCCAACGCAUCUUUGGCAUCAUUGAUGUCUGCAGCUUCGACAACGGCAGCUACUAAGAAUAUGAGUGUUAAUGGUGCUUCAUCAUCAAAUCAACCUGCUACUGAAAGAUUAUGGUUUUCAUUACCUGUUAGUAACAAUAGUUUGAUGUCUCCACCUAUUGAUUUAAACUUUAAUGAUCCUGAAACUUUAGACUUGUACACUCAAUUGGUCUUAUAUCGUGACGAUUUAUCCAAAUCAGUUUACGAGUUGGCGUUAUCGUCCUCAACUUUGACUUUAACUCAUCGUAAAGUGUUGUCGAUGUUAUGUUCUUAUUUGAACUUGUUGGAGCUCUACGAUAACGGAUCUAUUAUUGUUAGAAGAAAGCCCGGUUAUGUUGUUCAAUCAUUAAUUAGCCAAUUGAUCCAACCCCAUGCUCCUGUUUCCCUCCCACAGCAUUCUUCAUCAAUGAUGAAUUUGAAUCAAUUCAUGGUACCAUCUCUUUCAGGAGUAGGAACAAACAACCAACUGAGUGGUGGGGGUGGUGGUGGUGGAUCUUCUGGACCUCCAGGGUUAUCUCAUCUGGAUUUACUAAGAUCUCAUUCCCAAUCUGCUUUACCUUUACCUAGAUUGAGGCAACAGGGUAACAAUACUCCAAUUCAACUGCAAUUUCCCCAGUACCAAACUCUGACUCAACAACAACAAUCUCUGCAACAACAUUUAACACCUCAGAGCCAACAUGCUCAAUUGGCAGGUCUUUCUUUCCAAAGUCAUGGUCCCCAAGCAAGGGUUUAUCAACAACAUCAACAACAACAACAACAACAACAACAACAACAACAACAACAACAACAACAACAACAACAACAACAACAACAGCAAUCUCAACAAUCUCAACAGCAACAACAGCAUCUGCAUCAACAGCAGCAACAACAACAGCAGCAAUCUCAGGGAAUUUACUCUGGCCAAUCAUCUCUGGUUCAUUCACCUCAAAUUGGUCAUAUGCAUUUGAAUUCCCAAUCAUCAGGCCAAAGUGGCAUACUUGCCCCUACAAUUGCCAACUCAAGUGCUGCAGCGUUGUUGCGGAGUACCAACCGAUCCUUUGUUGAUGUUCGUUCUACGUACACCAAUUCCAACAAUUCCAAUAAUAAUAACACUGGAUUCCUGAGCCAGCAUCAUUCGCUGAUGGAUUCUCCCACCCCACAUUCUGUAUCAUAUUUCUCUAGCAAUGGAGGAGGAUCCAGUAGCAGCAGCAACAACAAGAACAAUAAUAACAAUAACACUAACAAUAUUGGAUCUCAGCCAGGUACCCCCUUGGCCACGCAUACGAAUGUUGCAACUAGCACAAGCUUGAAUAACGGGGGCUCUGAGUUGAACUCUCGGUUCCAUCCCUUUGGUCAGCAUGGGAACAUGAGUUUCAGCUCGUUACAGCAUUCUGCUUCAGCCACACAUUUAUCGGAGUAUUCACUUGGGAGUGGACAAGAUAAGAAUGGCACGUUCAUCAACAAGCUUGGGUCCUUAAACCUUGGAGGAUCUUCGUACGAUGUUUCCAACAGUGGAAUAUGGGGACCUAAAUGA